CACGCAUACACUGAUAGUUUGUACCUGAUAGGCUGAUGAUACCGAUGCAUUAGACUAAGAGAUAAAGUUCACCAGAACGAAAAUAUAGUAUAAAACAAACCCGUGAUGCGCACUGCAACUCACACAAUUCUGAAACACAGAACCUGAUAACAUCAACUAAAGACACGACUAGUCAAAAUGAAUUCUGAUCUUAUUAACAGAAAUGAAGCCGGGACAAAGUACUCCUGCGCCACCCCCCCAUCAAUCCGAAGACUGCCUAGGUUGGGAGAAUCGUCACCCGUCAGCAUGCGUCAAAAUCAGUCAGCGUUCGUUGAAGGGACAAACGAAGUGCGAUCACGAAGGUCGUUCGACGGCGCCAUGAAUUCCCAACUGGACCAUGCUAUAGAUAUUGCGACCGAGGAGGAGGAAGACCUAUGCAAUUGGCACUAAAUAAUGUAAAAGUCCGUUUUGUUUGGGAAGCGCUCCCCUACACAUGCCGGUUUUGAGAGAAAGCUAAUUGGAAUAACGUGCGAAGCUCGUAGUUGAGCUGUUCAAAUAAACACUUCUAUAUAAAUCCAGAAACCUUGCAGCCUAUCUAAGUUAAUAUAAAUGUCAUUCCGUCCACUUUCAAAGCAUUGUCAUUCUGUGGUUGGUAUAUUGGAAUGACCACGUUAAUUUAGUUGUAAUACGUAAACACCAACUGAUAUAGAAUCACGUUGAAUUGCUGUCAAGUAGAACAAUUACAUUACAUGUGCGUGCACUGAUAUAGAAUCACCGUGAGCUGCUGUCAAGUAGAACA